GCCGCCGCGGGGCCGGGGCCGGGGCCGUACCACCCCGAGCGGAGGGGCGCUGGGGGGGGCGGGAAUCGCCCUCCGUUCCCUCAGCGCCUUGCGGCCUCGCCUCGCCUUGCUCGGCCGGCCCGUCGACAGGGAGCUGUCGGUUGCGUCGCGGCGUUGAAGAACCUCCAGGCGACUCUCUGCGAAGCCGGCGGCCCUCCCCUCGUUCCCCCCCGCCCCGACGCGGCCGAGUGUUUGCGCCGGGCGAGGCCGGGCGGGAGGGGCAGGUGCGAGCCGAAGAUGGCGUUCCCCGGGCAGCCGGCGCCCGGCGGCGGUUACUAUCAGGGCGGGUAUGGAGCUGCUCCAGGAGGCCCAGCAUUCCCUGGACAGGCUCAGGAUCCUCUGUAUGGUUAUUUUGCUGCAGUAGCUGGACAGGAUGGACAAAUAGAUGCUGAUGAGCUACAGAGAUGUCUCACCCAGUCAGGGAUUGCAGGAGCCUAUAAACCUUUCAACUUGGAGACAUGCAGACUUAUGAUCUCAAUGCUGGACAGGGAUAUGUCUGGCACACUGGGAUUUAAUGAGUUUAAGGAACUGUGGGCUGUGGUCAAUGGCUGGAAGCAACACUUUGUAAGUUUUGACAGUGAUAGAAGUGGGACAGUAGAUCGCCAAGAACUGGAGAAAGCCUUGACAAAUAUGGGAUUUAGAUUGAGCCCGCAGGCAGUGUCUGCCAUCACCAGGCGAUACAGCACUCGUGGAAAGAUUACUUUUGAUGAUUACAUCGCCUGCUGUGUGAAACUCAGAGCUCUCACUGAAUGUUUUAGAAGAAGGGACGCAUCUCAGCAGGGUUUUGUGAAUUUCCAGUACGAUGAUUUCAUACAGUGUGUUAUGAGCAUCUAAAUCAAAAGGGAAGGUGUGGAUCACAAUUAUCAUUCCAGUUCAUGCUUUGCUUUGCCAAAUUACUGCAUGACUGUGUGCCUCAAUAUUGGAAAUUACGUACUUUCUGAAGAUAUUGCUUGACAUACUUAUUCAGUUUUGAUAAUGAAUAUAAACUAAUCAUGCACUGUUAUGUGUAACUUUCAACCUGUGACUAUUAAAGAUUUUUUAUUUUCAUGAACUUCUAAGACACAAUGUGUAACAAAGAUUACAGACAUA